UAAUAAAAUAGACAACCAUGGGUAAAUUUAGUCUAGGCAGCUACGACUGUUCACUCUCUUGUCAUUUCCCACAUCACUUUGUCUAGUCUACAGCACUACUAUCUCUAUCUACUGUAUACCAAAAUGCCAUCAGACUCUAGCUACAGUCUAACAACCAGCUCAACUGAACGUCAGUCAACAGAAUAUGACUGGCUUGAUGCCACGAUAUCCACCAGCCAGCUGUCAGUAUCCGACGUGGAGAGCAUCUUCCAACUGAAACGGGUGACGAGGAGAAAACCAUGGAGACUGUCCAAACAGGACUGUUUGAAUCUUCCAGCCCAGCUCUACGAGAAAUUACAGAAUAUUCCCGUCGUCCUGGGCCAACCCGAGCCCAGCAAAGCAAGCUGCCGGCUUCGACUCGACGCGAUCAUAAUAGACUGUCUGGGAUCCGAACAGGAGGCUGCUUCUACCGCUCAGGGGGAGAAGAUGAAGCUAGUUCUAGAUCAGCAUCUCUCCGAAGAGGUGAUCUUCCAGAACAAGCUGGUGAAGCUACACGCCACGGCCGAUUACUCGGUGGCCUCUGACGAGUCUUAUCUGGACACGCAUCUUGUUCUCGUCCGAGCAGCCACUAAAGGGUCGAUCUCGAACUGCCUUGCUUAUAUGGCAAUGGUUCAUAAACACCACAAGCAGAAAAAGAGAGACGCCGUCGUCUACGGCUGUUGCUCUGAUAGCCACAGCUUUGAAUUCCUCUGCAUCGACAAUAAGGCUAGGGUAUGUCUUUUGUCUGUUAGCUACUGAGUAUACUCAUACUUUAUACUAUAUAGGUCUCCUCAUGGACGUUCAGAUGGGAUGCAGUGUACAAUCAGCAUGCUGUCUACUCUCGACUCCGGCUCCUGGUUCGCAAUUCGGGGAGAUGUCAGCCAAGGAGAGGGUUCUUCAAAAGAUUGCUAUGCCUAGUAGACUAGAUUAAAGCUUAGGAUCUUAAUAUAUUAUGAUUGAAGCUAAG